AUGAACAUUGGUUUUAUUGAAGCACGUAAACGUUUCGAUUUCGACUGUGUUAUAUUUCAUGAUGCCGACUUAAUACCAUUGGAUGAUAGAAUACCACAUGGUUGUGAUGAAGAGAUGAUGGAGAGUGUGGUUCAUUUGAGUGUUGGAGUGAGUUCAUGGAAUUAUGUUUUACCUUACCAAUCAUUGAUCGGUGGUGUUUUGAAAAUAUCGACUUCACACUUUAUACAAGUUAAUGGUUAUUCGAAUAGUUAUUGGGGUUGGGGUGGAGAGGACGAUGAUUUGGAGAGGCGACUGAAAGCAUCAAAAAUUAUGUAUAAACACAUUGAAACGUCAAUAGGCAGAUAUCUGGCUCAACCUCACACUAAACAGGUUCGAGCGAAUAGACGUUUAGUACUUGAUUCAUUAAAAAAUGCUGCCAGUCGUAUGUUCACUGAUGGAUUGAAUUCUGUAAAAUAUAAAGUUUCAGCCUAUUCUGAGAAGCAACACUACACACAUUUUUUAAUUACAUUAAAAUAAGUUUUUUUAAGAUUCAAUUGCCUGUUUUUCUUACCCUUAAAUAUUGUAUAACCUAGUUCUUUACACUGUGAGACAAAACUAUUUUUAUAUUGAAUGAUACUUUCAUUUAAGUAUAGAGGUAAUCAAGAAAGAAAACACUGAUGUAUUCUCAAGUUCAACAUUGUUAUAUACACAGUCAAAUCUGUAUAAUAUUCACAAAUGCACAGAAAAUUACAUCCAUAUGUAGAUAACUUAGUAUCAUUGAUGGAUCGAAUAAAAGAAUUUCUAUUCGCUAUUCAUCAUAGCGAUUUGUACAUCAUUUACUUCUGUUGUCUAUGUGUUUAGUUUUCGGUAUGUACUUUCAAACAAUAUUUCAAUUAAUUACUUA